CGCCGGUUCUCAUAACGAGUCUUUACUGUACAGUCUGGAUUUAGAGAGGCGUGUGGCUCUUUUACAUGUUUGGCAUUGGGUUUUCCUAGUUGACAGUGCGUUCUUUUCACUCUGGCCGCUGCAACAAAAUCGUAUUCUUCUCCCACCUCUAAGUGGGUGUGGGGUAAUUAUGACAGGGUGAUUAUAUUAUGUGUGUUGAGGAGAUCAAAAUCAUCACACAUUUGGAGACUGUGCCGUGUUUCAGUGGGUCUGUCGCUCGACUAUGGCUAAGGUUGCUGGUGGCCUGGACUCAAAAAGUUUGAUGGAGCUCCCAAAUUCUGAUAUUUAGUAAUUGUACACUGAAAAUAUUCAACCUGUGUAAUUUGGACUUGGUUUUAGAUGUGCCAGGUAGUUAUUCAUAAAUAAGUACCCAAUAUUGAUAAUAGAGUCUGUGUGUGAAUGAAGUUAUGGUCUGUGUUUCACAAUGGUUAAGUUCUCAUGCUUCCAAGCUCACAUCAUUUGCCAUAAAUCAAAGAAAACUGUUCAACUGUCUGCUGAAGCAACAGAUAGAACAGCCCAGGAUCAAGCUCUCAACGUUUCCAGUAUACCUACUAAUUUGAAUCCCUUACUCUUGGAAUCUUACGAGGAUAACCCUUCCAACACUGGUGCCAAGCAGCUUCAGAAUUCCUCUUCUGUUGAGUGUUGCUCAAAAUCCGAGGAAAUGAAUACUGAUUUGAGUACUGAGGGUGAUACUAAAGUUCAUCAGAUGGCGUGCCUUAAAAAGAGUCGGUCUCUGGAAAGUGGAUUGAACAGAGAAGGGAGAGCCUUUUCCAGGGUUGGUGCUGAGGAUGAGAUAUAUCAGGUAUCUACAGGUGAUGAUUCCCAUGAAAUGAACUCUAGUGCAAUAUUUGAUAUUCUCGACCAUGGUGUGCAUAUGAAAGAAUCAUUUGACAAGAAGUGCCGAGGAAUCAACUUGCUUAAUCAGUGUCAUGAAGAUCUUAUCACUGAAUCUUUUCAAGGGAAUUGUGUUCAAGCACAUAAUGAAAGCAUUUUCUCAAUUGGAGAUCCAAAGCAGCGUGAAAGAGGACAUGAAGAUUUUGUUACCCAGUUAUCUGGUGAGCAUGGCACGGACUCUGGACUCAGUACACCAACUACUCCACCCAUUAUUGCAAAAUCAUAUUCAUUGCCUGACCUGGGUGUUUGUACACCUCACUCGGGAGAAGGUUCCUCUUCCCCAGUAUAUAUUGGAGCCAACUGCAGAAAUUCUGAUAGUUUUUAUACUCAAAAUGCCAAGAGGGAAGAGUUUGUAAAUCAUGAAGUUGGAUCAAAUGCACUGGAAAAGCAAAGAAGGGAUGACAGCAUAUCUGAGAAUGAAAAAGAUAAAUGUGAUAACAGCAUAUCUGAGAAUGAAAAAGAUAAAUGUGAGAAUAUUUUUGGUGAUGGAUACAGGUUCAUUGCUCCAGAAAAAGACUGGACAACUGAGGGAACGGAUGAAGUAGACAUGGUGAACAAGCUUCUGGGAGAACCCUCAGUCCAAAACUGGAAUGACUUGCCAAAUAAGGAUUUUAAGAUCAAGCGUAUUGAGGAGUGGGUUAGUAUGAUAAAUCUUAAGGAUAGCAGUCCUUUCGAGGAAACAAGUGAACCUGCCCAGUCUAUCAAUGAGACAAAGAAAGUCUCCACAGCAUUGGAUUCUAAAAACACUCCAGGCAUAGAAGCGGCAAAGAGCUACAUCUCAUCUUUGACUGCCACGUCCACAUCAGCUCAGCUGGCAAAUCUUGGGUUGGUUGUGAUCCCAUUUCUUAGUGCUUUUGUUAGCCUAAGGGUGCUUAAUUUAUCAGGAAAUUCUAUAGUGAGGAUAACUGCUGGUGCUCUUCCACGGGGCCUCCAUGUGUUAAAUCUGUCUAAAAACAACAUUUCCGUCAUUGAAGGCCUUCGUGAACUUACACGCUUGCGUAUACUGGACCUGAGCUACAAUCGGAUCUUCAAAAUUGGUCAUGGACUGGCAUAUUGUACUUCUAUUAAGGAGUUAUAUCUAGCUGGCAACAAAAUCAGCGAAGUGGAAGGUCUUCAUCGUCUCCUCAAACUAAACAUCCUGGAUUUGCACUUCAACAAAAUAUCAAUAGCUAAAAGCCUUGGCCAACUUGCAGCUAACUACAGUUCCUUACAAGCCAUUAGCUUGGAAAGCAAUCCGGCACAGAGAAAUGUUGGAGAUGAACAACUUAAGAAAUAUCUGCAAGGUCUUCUGCCCAAUCUGGUUUACUUGAAUAGGAAGCCUAUCAAAGCUAACUCUUCAAAGGAGGUUGUUGACCGUGCAGCUCGAUCAGCGCUCAAUGUGCAUAAAUUUGAUGGUGGCCUAAGAUCAGAACUUAAGCUGACCAGGAAGGGAAGCCAUAAUGUAGCAUCUCACAAGCCAUCAUCUUCAUCCAGCCACGGCCAUACAAGCAGAGGCACGGGCUCACAAAACCAGUCUAAGAGUCGGCGAGGGCAAAUGCCACCAAUCGCAACUAAAGGGACUACUGAUCAACAUCACCAUUAUCUUGAUCUCAGUUUGAAGUUGAAAAACUUGCGGUCAGGGCUCUCUAUGCACCGGAGUCGAAGUGCAGGAAAUCUGAGAGAUCCAUGAUCUGAUCAGAUGUCCAUGUUUAUUCAUUAGUUUAUUUUUGUGAAAUUUAAUUUACUCAUGAGAUAUUGGAUUGCUGGAAACUUAAGUACUUGAUUGUUUGCAACACCAUAUUAAAUUAAUGUUUUCUUCCCACUAACUUUUAUUUUGUAUGUUUA